GAAGUCAUUAUAAAGAAUUUCUGUAGUAACCUUUAAUUGUAAUACCAGUUAGUCCUUAUCAAUUCUUACGUUAACUUCUUAAGUUGUUACCAGUAUCUUAUGUUGAAGAUGCUAUAAGUAAAGUGGCACGAAAAUGGAUGAAUUCCUGGAUAAAAAAUAUCAACAAACUAAUCAAAACAAUUUUGAGGAUUACCUUGUUUAUACUGGUGUAAACUACCUGGGAAGGAAGAUAGCUUUAACUUUAAAACCAGUACAGAGCUUGCACCGGAAUAAUGAUGGAACUUACACCUUCAGAAUAACAUCUUCGUAUUUCAACUGGGAAAUUGUGUUCACACCUGGAAUCGAAUUUGAGGAAACAAAACCAGAUGGGUCUAAGGUUAGAGCAAAAUUUUUGAUGAAUGACAAUAUAAUGACACAUAUACAAGUAGAUGAAAAUGGGAUACAAUCGAAACAUGUUAUUGAAUUUUAUCCAGACAAAAAUAUAGUGACAACAACAGCGACCGGAUUGGAAAAAGUAGUCACAAGACAUUAUACUUUAGUCUCCUGAAGAUAGAGACUUAAUUACGUUAACUAUUACAUCGUGCUAUUAAAAAUAAGUGAAAAUAUGUAUUGUAUUAUUGUAUGUAAUGUAUCAUUUAAUCUUACAUAUAUUAUUAGUUGUGUUUCGCGGUUUGAUCGUAUAUACAUCAUAUAUACUUUAUUUAUUUAUUACAGAAUCAAUAAUACGAUUUCGCAAAUGGUAAGAUUACUUACUAAGACGGAUAGAUGUAGGUGUAAGUUCAAUCUCAGCUUACUUUGAAAUUUUACUAUUAUUUUUUCGACAAAAUAUUUUAGAUUAAAAAAAAAGCAAAAAAUAAAAUAUGCACAAUAAAU